GGAGGUGUUUAUCAUGGCGUUGGUCACCGUGCAACGGUCUCCAAGUGUAUCCAAUUCCCCGCAGAGUUCGGAUUCAGGUGCUGGUGCGCCAGCAGACGAUGACGAAGCAGCGAGGAAUUGCAAAAGCCUGAGCGAAUGUUACUUCGCUGGGAAGGGUGCGGCCCUAGUUCUACCACCCAAUGAAAGGGCCAGACCCUCGAGAAGGGUUUCUGCGGCAGGAUGCGACAUCCAACAGCACUUGCAAUCUAUGUUUUAUCUACUGAGACCGGAAGAAACACUGAAAAUGGCGGUGAAAUUGGAGUCGGUGCAUCCAGGAAGGACGAGAUACCUGGUCGUCGUAUCCUGCACGGGAAGGCAGGAUGCCGAAGAGAGUUGCCUUCUCGGUAUCGAUUGUCACGCCAGGGCGACCGUUGGUCUUGUACUUCGAGUUCUGGCCGACACUGCCAUUACUCUUGACGGCGACGGAGGUUUCAGCGUCAGUGUUUGUGGUUCGCAGCACAUCUUCAAGCCUGUAUCGGUACAAGCCAUGUGGUCGGCUUUGCAGACGUUGCACAAGGUAUCGAGUAAGGCACGUGAGCAGAACUAUUUCCUGGGUGGCCUGUCACACGACUGGGUCAAUUACUAUGAACAACGAAUUGAAAGCGAUCGCUCGUGUCUCAACGAAUGGCAUGCUAUGGACAAUCUGGAAUCCCGAAGACCACCGUCGCCGGACAGCGUACGCACCAAACCCAGAAAAAGGGACGAGACUGAACGUGUGAUCCGAUCGACGUUGAAGGAGAUCAUGAUGUCCGUGGACCUCGACGAGGUAACCUCGAAGUACAUUCGAGGUCGUCUCGAGGAAGACCUCGACAUGGAUCUUGGGGAGUUUAAGCCAUUCAUCGAUCAAGAGAUGCUCACCAUUCUGGGUCAAAUGGACGCGCCGACUGAAAUAUUUGACCACGUUUACCUAGGAAGUGAGUGGAACGCGAGCAACUUGGAGGAGCUCCAGAAGAAUGGUGUCAGGCAUAUCCUGAACGUAACUCGGGAAAUCGACAACUUCUUCCCUGGGAUGUUUACGUAUUUAAACGUGCGCGUUUAUGACGACGAGAAGACCGACUUGCUGAAGCACUGGGACGACACGUUCAAAUAUAUCACGAAGGCGAAGAAGGAGGGUUCGAAGGUGCUGGUACAUUGCAAAAUGGGAGUAUCCAGAUCCGCCUCGGUGGUGAUCGCGUACGCGAUGAAAGCGUACAAUUGGGACUUUUCCCAGGCUUGGAAGCAUGUGAAGGAGAAACGGAACUGCAUCAAGCCGAACAACAGCUUCCUGAUACAGUUGGAGACCUAUCAGGGCAUACUGGACGCGAUGAAGAACAAAGAGAAGCUUCAGAGGUCGAAGUCAGAUACGAAUUUGAAAUCUCCCACCUCGACGAAGGAUCAGUCGAAGAAAGAGCAGAAAACGGAUAACAUAGACAACGGCUUGCAAAGUGUUUCGGGCUCUGAACUGAAGAAGACCAGCCAGAGGCCGAAAAGUUGGUCGCCGAACGUAAAAAUUAGUGACACCAUGUUGCCUUCUGUUCCCCUUUCACAAUCCCUCGAGAGCAUCGACAAGUCAGGGAGCACGGAAGUAACCAGGGAGGACCUUCUUCGUUCCAGUAACCAGAAAGCCAGUAUGCUGCAAGAAGCGCGGAACGUGUUGAUGCCAUGCGGCAAUGGACAAUCGUACAGUGUGUCGCAGAACAAGAUCGUUCAUUUGCCAGGUCCCUCGCCCGACGUACCAAGCGUGAAAAAUCGCAUCAGCAAGUUAGAAACGCAACAGGGCCAGAGGAGGAAAGGCUUGGUGCUGAACCUGACGAAUCAGUUCGAAGCGGUGAGCAGCAAACCUUCCUCCCCGAGUUCCGAUUCCGACGGCAAACCUCUUGCGCAGAGUCCGAUCUCCGGUGUGAACGAGAACGGGCUUGGCGCGCAACAGUCGUCGUCGGAAGUGUUGUCGAACGCCUCUGUGAAACAGGACGUCUGGGAUCCCGGCGAGAAGCGAGGAAAGAAAACGGAAAUCGAUAGUAAUAGUGAAUGUCUAGUCUGGACUGCAUCAUCGUCCGAUGCAACAUGUACCAAUUCGUGUAUUACCGGUAAGACUAACGGGGAAGUGAGUGCGGAAAGUGAGUGUGUUGCGACGACGACGACAACCGUGUACCCUAGUAACACGUUGCCGCGAAAAACAAGAAAGGACGGAGAUCCGUUCAGUACGCAAGUCGAUCGUGUGUUUGACCGGGAGGAGAGGCAAGGAGAGCCGGUUACGAGAGACUCUCCGAGCCGGCAGAGCUCUUGGAGCAGUUACGACAGUGCCGUGGUUUUAGACAACAACUCAGUGCACAGUUCCUGGGCCACGCUGCCCUCGAGGAACAGUUCCUGGGGUUCGUACGACAUGCGACCGUCGGACUUGCUCGGUUCCAGUGGUCUUUUUCCUUACGACAAGGAAGAGAUACCUUGGCACCCGGGCACCGUGAAACGUACCAAACAGAAGCUCGAGGAGAACACCACUUCUGGGACUGUGAAACGUGUGUGUACGCAAACCUCCGUCACGGAUGACAAGGAUAGACUGCCCGUCGAGGAAGAAUCGUAUAAUCCGGUGUUGCUACACCACACCGCGUCCCCGACACCGCGAAGAAGGGAUUCUUCGCCUAGCCAGGAGCACAAUUUGAAGGUGGAUCCUGCUAGAAACUCUCCGAGUCCUAUCAGAGGAAUCGUCAUCUCUCCAGCGGCGAUACGUCAAGAUGGGAGGCUGUCGACGAGCGCGCCAGCGCCGUCUUCACUUUCCUCGGACUCGGAUCUACCGUCGUCGUUAAGGUCUUGCAGGUCGGAAAGCGAAACUUCGAGCCCGUGUGUCGUGAACACCACACAGUGUUCCUCGGUGAAGCACCACAAGAUGGUCCUGGAGAAUCUGAGUAACAAGUCGAUAUUGAACAAACGUUGCCUGUCUGUGGAUGACUCGCCGGAUGCCGAAUGCCCGCGAAGUACCUCUGGUAUCGUGAAGAAUCUCAAGAAGGAGUUCGAGGCGAAGUCAACGAAGCUGGAGAAGAGUCCGGAGAACAGUUUCGAGAACGAUUCGUCGAUUUCGGUCGGUCGACCGAAAAGGGACGUGAAGAUCAGAAGUUUGCCCUCGUCGCCGGUGAUCCCCCAUAACGAAUCGAAGAUUCAAGCCUCGUCCGAAACCAAAGAGAAAGUGAAAUCGAACGACACAACGGCGGCGCCUACGCAGGAUAGCUCGGAGGAUCGGUCGGUCAGGGUUCUGGUAGGGAAAUACGAGGUAAAACCGACCGACUCGAGGAAAACCUCGGAGAUUCAGCUGCGCAUGCACAAAGAGAAGGAUUGGGAAUCGUCGAUAGACUCGCAACACACAGCUAAUAACAAAUCGAAAGUUACUCCUGAAUACAGUAGAAGGUCAGCGCCGAUCAUGAUCAACAAUCACUCGUCGUCCCCUUUGUUUACCGAGGUGCUGGAAGCACCUGGCAGGCCACCGGUUCCCUCGGCUGGAGUUGUGGCAGCUAGCAAGAAGCAACAACAGCACGGCAGAACGCAUCCUCUUUCCAGGCUGCAGGUCAGGCCUAGGCACAGCAGUCCGGUUUACAACACCAUGUAAAAGGGAAACGUUUCUGUUUUUUCUCCCAUUGAGUCAAAUCUGAGCGCGCGUACCUGAAUGCAUGGGUAUGUGUUGUCGUGGCCACGAUGUGAAACUGUGUGAUCUCUAUUGAUGCCAACAAGUCGAGGGUCGUCCUUUUCAAAGCGUCGAUGAGAAAUCGACGAGGACAGGAUUUAUAUAGAAUUCACUUCCCACCAUCUUCGAUGUACAAUUUACUGUUCGCGAGAAUGUCCUAUACUUAUAUAUAUAUAUAUAUGCUUUGCGACGAUAAGACAGAGCACCAGAAUUUUUUUUCGAUGUUCCUUCGAACGAGGAU